AGAACUGUUCUUACCUUGACUGUUCCUUGGUUUCAUUGGUGCUUUCUAUCCCAAAGAGAUUAGUUUUAAUCAAAAUUAGCAAUAUUCAUGAAUUAAAGCAAGGAAUAUAGAAAUAAAAUCUUUGAAAAAACUUUGGCAAUUUUUUGGAGAUUAAAAUUCAUAUAUAAAUCUUAGCAAUGGGUAACGCUGUCUCAAUAGCCCAGAUGCAGGCUGCACAGGGUAGUAAUAUUCCUAAAAAUCAUGAACACAUGAUGGCAACGGGUGCCAAUCCUCCACCUGAAUGCCCAAUGCACCAAAAGGAUGGAAAAGCCAAUGCAACUGCAAAGCCACCACAUCCGACUAUGUAUGCAACAGACUCGCCACCCUCUGAGUGUCCCGUAAAACAUGACAAUAGCGACGUAAGCCCCUUGAACAUGAUGCCUCCAGCCAAUCAACAACCAGCUAAAGAUCAACCCUUUCCACUUCCAACGGAUCGUCAGACAUCAAGCAUACCCAAAGUGACCGAAGAUGGUAGUGUACAAUUUUGGCAAUAUCCCAGCCAGCAAAUGUUCUGGAAUGCAAUGUUACGCAAAGGUUGGCGCUGGAAGAAUGAGGAUGUGUCACAAAAGGAUAUGAGUGAUAUUAUUCGCAUACACAAUGCCAACAAUGAACAGGCGUGGAAGGAGGUACUUAAAUGGGAGGCGUUACAUGCCAAGGAAUGUGGAAAUCCACGUUUGAAGAGUUUUGGCGGUAAAGCUUCAGACUACAGUCCCAGGGCACGUUUUCGCAGUUGGUUGGGUUAUGAAUUGCCUUUUGAUCGUCACGAUUGGAUUGUGGAUCGUUGUGGCAAAGAUGUGCGCUAUGUCAUUGAUUACUACGAUGGUGGAAUUGUAGACAGCGAUUAUAAAUUUGCAUUGCUUGAUGUACGCCCAGCCUUAGAUUCUGUGGACAAUGUGUGGGAUCGUAUGCGUGUUGCCUAUAUGCGUUGGAAAUUUGCAGCCUUAGACAUGGUACAAGGAUCACGAACAGACAGUGGCAAAGUUGAUCAUUAAGCUGCUGCUGCUGCUAUUGCUACUACUACUACUACUACUUAAAGACCAGUUCAUGGCAAUGGAACAUGAACCUUUAGUUUCCCUAAUAUAGAGAGAAAUCAGAAGAGUAAAAAAAUAUCCCUGUAAUGUUCUGAUUUCUAAACUACAUUGUUAAGAUCAUCUCUUUUAACUUUAUUACUACUUAUUUAUGAAAAUUUGACAUUUUUUUUUUUCAAACAAUCACCCCAUAUAUAAUAUAAUCGACACUAAAAA